UUAUGUGGGCUCCCCUGGACCUCUAUGUAGUAGGGUCCAGUCUUUUCAUUUCUGUGUCACUUACCUUUGCAGCUGUUAUCUUCUUCUUUACUUUCUACUCAUUCUCUGAAGAAAAAGAAGAGCAACCAGCCCGAAGAAUGUCACAAUCACCAGUAAAGCAUGAACAUGCCAACACUAUGGGGAUUGGCAAGGCCAUUGCCGUGUUGACGUCCGGAGGAGAUGCCCAGGGCAUGAAUGCUGCUGUCCGGGCAGUGGUCAGAGUGGGGAUAUACACUGGGGCCAAAGUGUUCUUUGUUCAUGAGGGCUACCAAGGGCUUGUGGAUGGCGGUGACAAUAUUAGGGAAGCAACAUGGGAAAGUGUGUCUAUGAUGCUGCAACUGGGUGGCACAGUCAUUGGGAGUGCCAGGUGCAAGGACUUCCGCAGCCGUGAAGGACGCCUGAAAGCUGCUCGCAACCUGGUGAAGAGAGGAAUAACAAACUUAUGUGUAAUUGGGGGUGACGGCAGUUUAACUGGAGCAGACACCUUCAGAGCAGAAUGGACCAGUUUGCUACAGGACCUGGUUAAGACAGGUGGCAUCACAGCAGAAGAAGCCAAGAAGUCUAGUCACCUAAACAUUGUUGGCUUGGUUGGCUCUAUUGAUAAUGACUUCUGUGGUACUGACAUGACCAUUGGCACAGACUCUGCUCUCCACAGGAUAAUGGAGAUAGUGGAUGCUAUCACCACCACUGCCCAAAGUCACCAGAGGACAUUUGUGCUGGAAGUGAUGGGUCGUCACUGCGGCUACCUAGCUCUUGUUACAGCCUUGGCAAGUGGUGCAGACUGGGUUUUCAUUCCAGAAUCUCCACCAGAAGAUGAAUGGGAGAAUCACUUGUGCAGGAGGCUAACUGAGACAAGAAACCGAGGCUCAAGACUGAACAUCAUCAUUGUGGCUGAAGGAGCAAUCGACAAGCAUGGCAAGCCCAUCAGCUCAGAAGACAUCAAAAAUCUGGUUGUAAAACGCCUGGCCUACGACACAAGAGUCACCAUCCUAGGGCAUGUGCAGCGUGGUGGGACCCCUUCUGCCUUUGAUCGUGUCCUGGGAAGCAGGAUGGGCGUGGAAGCAGUCAUGGCACUCCUGGAGGGAACUCCUGAUACUCCAGCAUGUGUCAUCAGCCUCUCUGGUAACCAAGCUGUCCGUCUUCCUCUCAUGGAAUGUGUCCAAGUGACAAAAGAUGUCACAACAGCGAUGAAUGAAGGACGGUUUGAUGACGCUCUCAAACUUAGGGGAAGGAGUUUCCAGAAUAACUGGGAUGUUUACAAGAUUUUGGCCCAUAUACGCCCUCCCUCUGCAAAGAGUGGCUACAAUUUGGCAGUGAUGAAUGUAGGUGCGCCGGCGGCUGGCAUGAAUGCAGCUGUAAGGUCUACCGUCAGAAUUGGGUUGAUCCACGGCCACAAGAUGCUGGCUGUGCACGACGGGUUUGAAGGUUUAGCUGAAGGAAAGGUUGAAGAAAUUGGAUGGGGAGGAGUUGGUGGCUGGACUGGAAGAGGUGGAUCAACUCUUGGAACCAAAAGGACUCUGCCUAAGAAAUACUUUGAGGAAAUCAGCAACACCAUUAGCAGUUUUAACAUCCAUGGUCUGAUCAUCAUUGGUGGCUUUGAGGCUUUCACUGGCAGCCUGGAGUUGGUUGAAGGCCGAGCCAAGUUUGAAGAGCUCUGUAUCCCACUCUGUGUUAUUCCUGCCACUGUCUCCAACAAUGUCCCUGGCUCUGACUUCAGCAUAGGUGCAGACACAGCCCUCAACACCAUCACAUCGACUUGUGACCGUAUCAAACAGUCUGCAGCUGGUACCAAGAGGCGGGUGUUCAUCAUUGAGACCAUGGGAGGAUACUGUGGCUAUUUGGCUACCAUGGCAGGAUUGUCUGCUGGAGCGGAUGCAGCCUAUAUUUAUGAAGAUCCUUUCACCAUCCAUGACUUGGAGAUGAAUGUGGAGCAUCUGACUGAGAAAAUGAAGACCACAGUGAAAAGAGGUUUAAUAUUGAGAAAUGAGAAAUGCAAUGAAAACUAUACCACUGAUUUCAUAUUUAACUUGUAUUCUGAGGAAGGGAAAGGCAUCUUUGACACCAGAAAAAAUGUCUUGGGACACAUGCAGCAGGGUGGGUCACCAACUCCGUUUGACAGAAACUUUGGAACGAAAAUGGGUGCUAAAGCAGUGGCAUGGAUGUCCGGAAAGAUCAAAGAGUGUUCCAGACAUGGACGUAUCUUUGCCAACAGUCCUGAUUCAGCUUGCCUCCUGGGCAUGCGCAGACGGGCCCUUGUAUUCCAGCCUCUCGCUGACCUCAACAAGCAAACAGAUUUUGAGCAUCGCAUCCCCAAAUCACAGUGGUGGCUGAAGCUUCGUCCCAUCUUGAAGAUUCUUGCCAAGUACAAGAUUGAUUUGGAUACCUCCGAGACAGCCCACUUAGAGCAUAUCACUCACAAAAGAGUAUCUGGUGAAGGCACCCUGUGAACAGCUAGCAGGCCAGCUGCAGCUCUUUUUAAUUAUGACACUUAAGGAGAACGCUAAAGUAAAUUAUAAAAUUUUGAUUCUCUUCCCCAGUUUAGCAUGCAGCUGUCCAUCUUGUGUUUUGUGUAGUCAUUGGGGCUGCAUGCCUGCCACAAAUGGAGAAGGAAGUAGGAGGCAACAUGCCGUGCCAUAGUGCCAUAUUUUGGUAUAUAUAUGUGUGGAUUACAAAACAAAUGUACUUGUAUUCCACUUUUCUUUUUAGAAAGCUCAAAACAGCUUACAUGGGGCUCCCAGUGGUCUAUCCAGGUACUAGCCAGGUCAGUUAUUUCUUUUGCUUUACCAGUGCUUAUGAGAUGACAUGGGCCUCUGCAGAGUUGUCUGAGAUGGGGUGAGGAUUUCAAACAGGAAUGCUUAUUUCAGUCAGAUUUAAGUCCAUUGUGUUGAAAAUUGAACUGGACAGAAUUAUUUUGCUAUCACGCCCUCCUUCUUUGAACCCACAGGUGGGGUAGAUUUACAAUUAUGCCUUUGUAAUUCAAACUCUUCCAGAUGUGAAAAUAAAACAGGAACUGUUUGACCAGUG